UGCUAUAGCUUUAUGUUCGAUGAAGUCACUAGUAUGUGUACCCCUGGCGGCAAGCUGUCUCCCUUACAGCCUGGACCAACUCUACAAGAAGGUGACCUCUACGUGCUUCCGAGGGAUGACGCCUAUGAAGGGUUCAGUCUUCACACAUUCAACUUGACGACCGUCAACAUGGCCUACUUCUAUGUGCCUGUAACCUACCUCCAGGCUCUAGAAGCAUGUCACUGCAUGAAUUCGAUGCUCUAUGCACCAAAAACUUUGGACAAACUGGAACUUAUCGCUGACCUGGCCUACACAACACAGCAUAACAUCUGGGUAGGGCUGGACGACCUUGUAACUGAAGGUCAAUUCAUUUGGUCAGAAGAUGGUCAACCUUUUGACACGAGCUUGAAUUCAAUUUUUUUCUACGACGACCAACCAGACAACUAUCUGGGCGACGAGGAUUGUAUUUCUCUACGCUAUAAUGCCCACAGAUUAAAUGAUGCUAAUUGUAAUAGACCAUAUUUCUUUAGCUGUGAACAACGUACAUAAUCAACAUAAUCAACAUACGUGAAUGGUCUGAAACGUUGUUUACCUUGCAAUGUAUUGUUCUCUUCAGAUUAAUUAAAUAUUCUCCAUAUAAUCUUCUUUUAGAUCUAUGUAUUUCCUAGUAUGAAAGAACGCAAA